UUAACUAUCAUUAAGUAGGUAUUCUUCUAGAACGCUGUGCUAACUCACUCCCGAACUCUCAGUUCGUUUCGUGCUAUCCUUGAUAAAAGGGAAAGUUCGAGAAAAAUUCCCGUUUUGCUUUUCUCUUUUUGGCCUUCGUUUCCACAAUGGUUCCGUUUCCUGUUUGUUUGCUGAGAAAGGACGGUUCUAACUCUUGCUUCUACCGAGAUUUCAAAAUUUCUGUUCAUUUUGUUGCGAUUUCUCUGCCGCCAAACAGUUUCGUAUCGAUCUAGUUGCAGAGCGACUGUGAAACCCUAGAUUGCAUCAUUUGUCGACAAAUACGAAUUUCUGAAGUUUAAGUAACAGAAAGAAUUCGAUUCUGUUCCUAAUUCGGCAAUGGCGGGAUCGGUUCACUUCUCUGGUGUUAGAACUCCCUUGUUGAUAAAAAAGGCGUGCUUCUCGCGCUUUCCAUCGCUAUCAAAAUCAUCAAAUCGGAUCGAAUUCUCGGCGUCCGCCAUUUCUUCUUCUGGAUUAUUUGCGGCAUUUGGGGAUGGUUGUAGAAGGAGAGUGUUGAGAGUUGGAUGCAAGAAAGGAGUUGAAGCCGUGCUGAGAGAGGAAGCGAGUGAGAACGAGAGUUCGGAUGACAAUGUGGAGAAGUUGGCAUGUGUGAUGAAGUUUGGUGGAUCUUCGCUGGCUUCGGCUGAGAGGAUGAGAGAGGUUGCUGAUCUUGUUCUUCAAUUCCGUGAUGAAAGGCCUGUCAUUGUUCUUUCUGCCAUGGGAAAGACUACUAACAAUCUUCUACUGGCUGGAGAGAAGGCUGUGAGUUGCGGUGUUUCUAAUGCAUCCGAAAUUGAUGAGCUGAGUUUGGUAAAGGAACUGCAUCUAAGGACUGUACAAGAGCUUGGGCUUGAUAGUUCUGUUAUUUCUGGACAUUUAGAAGAAUUGGAGCAACUUCUGAAGGGAAUAGCCAUGAUGAAAGAGCUGACAUUCCGCACAACAGACUAUUUAGUUUCAUUUGGAGAGUGCAUGUCCACAAGAAUUUUUGCAGCCUAUUUGAAUAAAAUUGGUGCUAAAGCACGCCAAUAUGAUGCGUUUGAUAUUGGCUUUAUAACCACGGACGACUUCACAAAUGCAGACAUCUUGGAAGCAACUUACCCAGCUGUUGCAAAGAGGUUAUAUAAUGAUUGGAUUAAUGAUCCUGCAAUUCCCAUUGUUACCGGUUUCCUUGGAAAGGGUUGGAAAUCUGGUGCAGUUACUACCUUGGGUAGGGGUGGGAGUGAUUUGACAGCCACAGCCAUUGGUAGAGCCUUAGGCUUGCAAGAGAUUCAGGUGUGGAAGGAUGUCGAUGGGGUUUUGACUUGCGAUCCAAGUAUUUAUCCACGUGCAUUGCCUGUACCAUAUUUGACAUUUGAUGAGGCAGCUGAGCUUGCAUACUUUGGUGCCCAGGUCUUGCAUCCACAAGCCAUGAGACCCGCUAGAGAGAGUGAUAUUCCAGUUAGGGUCAAGAAUUCUUAUAAUCCUGAAGCUCCUGGUACCCUCAUCAAUAAGACAAGAGAUAUGAGCAAGGCUGUACUGACCAGCAUAGUUUUGAAGCGGAAUGUCACCAUGCUAGAUAUAGUUAGUACGCGGAUGCUUGGUCAAUUUGGCUUCCUUGCAAAGGUUUUUUCUAUCUUUGAAGAUUUGGGUAUAUCUGUGGAUGUUGUUGCUACCAGUGAAGUCAGUAUAUCUUUGACUUUGGAUCCAUCAAAACUUUGGAGCCGGGAACUUAUUCAGCAGGAACUUGACCAUGUAGUGGAAGAGCUUGAGAAAAUUGCAGUCGUGAAUCUCCUACAACACAGAUCAAUCAUCUCCCUCAUUGGGAAUAUUCAGCGUUCUUCUCUGAUUCUUGAGAAGGCAUUCAAUGUUCUCCGAACCAUUGGAGUGAAUGUCCAGAUGAUCUCCCAAGGGGCAUCCAAGGUCAACAUCUCAUUGAUAGUAAAUGAUAGUGAAGCAGAACAAUGUGUGAAGGCCCUUCACCAUGCUUUCUUCGAGAUUGGUGAUCUUUUCGAACUGAUGAUCCUGGAUGGUGGCGUCGAGAAUGGCUCAGCUUUGCCUUUGACAGUAGAAAAUCAACUAUGAACUUAGCCAUAAGUUUGAGGGAAAAAUAAUUUUGAAGAAAAAUAUGACCAAAAAAAAAGACGAGGGGUGGGUGUGGGGAAACAAAAAUUUCUUGUGUUUGGAUGUUAGUGGAAGAGUCGAGGAAAAGAAAAUGAAAUUAUUGAAAAAUGUACUUUUCUUACCUUUUUGUUUGAAAAAUUGGGAAGAGCAAUUUUUUAACCAAUUUGUCCCUUCUUUUCUUUUCUUUUUUUUCCUCAUUGUUUUGCAUGAAUAUCUAAACGGUAAAAAGCUUUUUCUUAAUUAUAUAUAUUUUAAAUUUCUUAAGUA